AUGCUCAACGCCCCAGAAAAGCCACCAAACACCGCCGAUGUUGUCGAAGAAUGUUGGCUCAAAGCGGUUGAUCACUUCAACAGCCGCCUCACUAAAGAUCGACAAAAGAAGCUCAAGGUUGAGGAGCUCGGCAAGAAAUUCGACUGCUGCACUCUUGGACAGCUGGCAAGGUCGAUCGAAGCCAACCGACGACCCGUGAAUGAUUUAGACCGGGGUUGGAAAAGUACCUUGCGCACCAUCAUCCGCAAAUUGAACGAUUGUGCACCCGCCGGUGAUGUCGUUGUAGCGACUCAACCGGUCGUGGCAGCUCUAGUGUGGGGAGCCAUUCGCCUCUGCUUGCAGUUGGGAGCCUCCUACGUCCAAUUUCUCGACGACAUUGGACAUGCGCUGGUGGUGAUUGCGGGAAGUACUGGUAUCUACGAACAAGUCGCACGCACCUUUAAGGAAAAUCGGGAUAUCCUGGAUCAAAUUGCCGAAUACUUUGCCCAUAUUCUCGGCUAUCUCGUCCGUCUCGAGAUUCAAAUCAGUCGAAGAGGAAUAGCUGGCGUGCUCAGAGGGAGUAUCUCGCUGAAGCUGAAUCGUUGCUUCUCGGACCUCAAGGCUCUGGAGCUUCGACUUGACCAGCGCAUUACACAUACCAUACACCAAGGACACAUUGUACAUGAGACUAGGGUUACCGACGAAAUCAUUGCUCAGAAAAAAUUCCGCGAAGGCUCGGGGAAGACGGUCCUGGUCCACACGCUCGCCAGCGCACUCGAAAAUCAGACAAUACUUUUGUUUUCAUUUGGGACUGAGAUUCGCCGCAGCCGUGACCAGAUCCGCCAAUUGUUUCUCUCAAUGCUCCUGCGAAUUUGCACAUCUGGACUGAUCGAUCCGUACCAUGAUAUUGCUCCAGGGCUGAUACAGUUGAAGAGACUUCGCACUGCAUUUGGGCAUGCCAGCCAGUGUGGUACGCAGCAACUGGCCCAAACUACGAGAGACAUCGUGUCAAUUCUUCCCCCGGUGAUACUUAUCAUCGAUGCGGUGGACCAAUGCGGUGAGACCGACGACCGCAACCUUUUGAUGAAAACAUUAACGGCCAUCUCUGAAAAUGCCGACCACGCAGUUGUCCUGACGUCGAGGGGCGAGCCAACUAUACCAAACUCACACAUGAUCGAAUUGACGCCUGACAAGACAAAAUUAGAUAUCGAACGGUAUGCCAUACAAGAGAUCUCGCGAUUCCGAGGACUGCAAUCAAUCCAGCACGAAAUCCUACGUCGAAUCGAUAGAGACAGCGCAGGAAGCUUUCUCUGGGUGCAUCUGCUCCUGGACCAUGUCCGUCAAGGACCCAGUCUUCAGACUCGAACACAGAAACUGAAAGCCUUCCCAACUGAACCGCAGCGAGUAUAUGAAGCGGUCAUUAGGGAGAGUGCUUGCAAAUUCGAAGAGCAAGAUCAAGAACGGCAGAAGUGCAUUCUCCGGGUGCUUGCCACAACGCGGUCCCCUCUAACGCUGCAGUCCCUGUUUCUCAUGGUUGAUGGUGAUGACAGCAAUGCCGAAUUUAAGGGCUCAUCGCGUAACGAUGAGGAUUUGGGCGUAGAUCUCGAUGCUCUGUGCCAUCCCCUCGUGCGAGUUCGAGCCGCUCACGUCUACCUCACACAUCCCACUCUUAGAGAGUACAUUUACAGUAACGCCAGGUCGGAGGAUCCUGACCUGUUUCUCGCCAGAAAAUGCCUGGAGAAAUUGACCAACGAAAGGUACCGCUCUUGGAAGACUGCUUUACGGCUAUUACGGAAACAUCUGUUGCCACCUCACAUGGUAUCGGAUAGUGACGACAGUCAACCACUGAAAGAGUCGGUUCUCUACGAGUAUGCAGUUCUUCACUGGCAUGAGCACGUGUCGGCGCUUCGGAAGCCCCCAGUUGACGUUCUCGGUCUUCUUUCCCAAUUCUUGGAGGGGAUUGAGAGUGUCGUUUGGUCAGAAAAUCUGUUUGAGGCGAAGCAACAGAGUGGCAUUGCGCCACAAUUGGAAGUACAGACGAUGCUCAAAACAUGGUAUGACAGUCUGGACAAGGACACGCAGGAGAAGAUACCCAUCAAGGACUAUUUUGUCAAGCCACAUGAAGAGCUACAGAAAGAAUUGAAGGAAAAGGCUCAAGACAAGGUGGCCCCGUAUCUCCCAUUCAUGCGACUCGGUCAAUUUUUCAACCUUGGAGGGCGAUCCCAACGAGACUGGCACAAAGGUUUUAUGUACAAGGAAGCGGUGGCAGCAGGCUUUGAAAGUAGUCUGGGUGCCCGACAUCCACUAACGCUCCAAACAAAAACGAGUAUGCUACAAGAGUUCUUUUGGCAACGCCGAUUCGAGGAAGCCGAGCACGAGCUGUCAAAGGUUGCAGCUAUACAAAGAGAAAUUUACGAUCAGGACAGCCUGGAUGUUUACGUUACUGUGCAACUGCUAGGCUAUGCACAAUUUUCUUGUGCUCGAUUCAAGGAGGCGAUGGCGAGCCUCGAAGAGACCGAAAAGGCCUUUCAACGCUUGGAGGGUGAGAAUUCGCCCAAGGGUCUAGUGACAAGACUUUAUCAAGGGUAUGUGCAGGAAAGACAGAGGGAACUAAUCACAGCUCGUAGGAAUUAUGAGAUCAUCCUCCGCGAGUGGACUCCCAUCGGGGGGGAUGCUCAUCCAUUGUCCAUCAUGGCACGAACAGCGCUCGGCAUGGUCUGCCGCAAAUUGAAAGAGCACUCGACGGCGGAAGAAUCCUUGUUGAAUGCUUGGAGGCAGAGACGAAAAAUUUUCGGCGAUGAUUUGAAUCUGACUGUCGACACUGCCCUGUCGCUGGCGCUGGAAUAUCGAGACAAUACAAAGUUGGAUCUUGCCAAACAAGUCCUGGAGGCGAUCAAAUCUUCUGAGGUAUUUACCACCGACUUUGAGCGCGGUUGUCAGUGGCAGUACGUCUUGUCUCUGAUAGAUUUCGACCGUGGAUAUUACAACCGACCAAGGAUGGUUCUGCGGGACCUCAUCGACCAGAGCAUCGGAGACAGUAGGGAGGAUAACAACAGGUCGCUGCUCUGGAUACGCCUGACACUGGCCAAUGUGCUCCGGCACCAUGAAAACCCCGACGAAGCCGCCGCAUUGUUCAGUGAGAUUGUGGAACCAACCGACGAGGUGGAAAGACGAUUCUGGUUUGCACCAGAACCCCCUGAGAGAUUACGGAUUGCGGAACAAGCGUUGCAGCUCGUGCAGGAGUGCCGAGAGGAUGAAGCCAAAGCACUUCUCCAUGCCAACAGACUCCAAUGGGUCCGCGAGCGCGACUUUGAUAUUUUGCAAGGAGGCCCGGUCACUGACGUUGCCGUGACCAACCCGGUUGUGACGAUCGUUACCGACCCCUAG